AUGCAACCUCAAGUCCAACAGCAAAUGCCUCAAGCCGCACCGGUUCAGAACGAAGAUAAUUGGAACGCAAAGACUUAUCAUAAUCAGCAGACCACAUUUUAUGAGAGCAUUUCUUCAGCAUAUGAUAUUUCAGUUAAAAAGAGGGAUUGGCGAGGUUCAAAGACGGUGAAAGCUGUAAAGGAUGCAACUCAGAAACGACAAUCGGUUUUGGAGAAGCAUGCUCUGAUUUCGCAACGUGAUUCACAAAAUGAGAAGGCAGAAAUCCCUGUGGAUCAAGAAAUAUCAAAGGAGGGUUCCAAUAAACCGAAAUAUCAACAAUUCCAUUCUGGAUCACACACUAAUAUCAGGAAGAUAUCCUCUGAAGCUGUUAAAAAUGCACCUGACCAACAUCAAGAACGGGUGGAAGAUUUGAUAAGCAAAAGCCACGAAACUACUUCUGCAAACAUUCUUAGAUCAUCAAAGAAACCCAAGGGGAAGUUAGAUACUGGAUCUGUUCAAAAAUCAUCAACGAAGAGUUUUGAGGGAAUGGAAAAACGGCAGUCAUACAAUCGAGUCACUUCUCACGAGGGAUAUCAUAAAUACAGUAAAAUAUCUUCUCAAGUUGUCGCUGAUGUAUCUCAAAAGCAUCAAGCACAUGAGAAAGCAUCCCCAAAUGAACGACAGGAGAAUCGUUCUUUGUAUUCUCGAAAGUUCUUACAGCAACUUAACGGAAAUUUAGAAGUUAAAGAGAAACCAGAACUGACCAAAGAGGGUUCUGCAGAAUCAGGAAGUCGGCAGUCGUUAAGUGAGUUAGAUCACCACGAAUUACAAAGCGAACACAAGGAAAUAUCACCUCAUUCUAACAAAGAUAUAUAUCUAAAACAUCAAUCACACACGGAAGGACUGUCAGGUGAACAAAAGAAUAACUUUUCUUGCAUUAAUCUUAAAUCUUCACAACACCUCAAAGGCAAAAUUGAUAACAAAGUCGAUCAGGAAUUACAAAAGGAGAUACUUAAAGAGUGUGAAAAUCAACAAUCGUACACUGCGAACAGUUGCCAAAGAACACGAAGUGAAAACAUGGAAACGAGCAUUCAGACCAUCAAAGAUCACACUCAAGAAAAUUAUAUGAAACUGGAAGGUGCAUCGACUGAUCGAAAAGAGAAAAGUUAUUCGCAUAUUCAAGGAUCAUCGGGGGGAAGCAUCGAAAAAUUAGGAAUUGAAGGAGAAGAAAGACCAUUAACGGACAAACUUACAGGAGGGGAACAUUAUCGAUCUUUCAUUUUGAUUGGUUACCAUGGUUCAGAUUAUAGCCCACUGGAGAUAUCUUCGAAAUUUAUCAAAGAUACAUCACAAAAAUAUCGAAAACAUAGGGAGGUCUUUUCGGGUAAACGUCAAGCUACCCAUUCUUCCUAUUCUCAGAAAUCAUCCAAGCUGGUAAACGGGGUGCUUGAUGUUGAAUUUGAGAUGAAGGAAGCAAAGAGGAAUUCGAAAAGAUCAGAACCACAUCUUUCGUGCGUUGACAUCAGUUACCAGGAAAUGGGUUGUAAACACACGGAAACAUCUUCACUUGAAUUUCAUUUGAAACAACCAGAGGCAUAUAUCACCCUGAAAACUAUAAAUUCAGAGAGAUAUCUAAGUACAGCCACUUUCGAACAAUCCCGGUUGCAGACUUCACAAGCGAAAUUGCAAUAUAACCCUCGGGCAGGUUACAUUGAGAUUAGUGGAAAAGGGAGCGUGCCUAGUAGGGAAUCCGAAGCAUCAUUCAAUUCAGUCUACACCAAAUUGAACGCAACCAAUGCAGAUGACGCAUUAAACUACAAAACUGAAAUGUUGGUUGAGAUUAUUUGGUGUCUCGAAAUUAUAUUCUAUGGGUAGCGCAACGGAAGGCCAACCCAAUGGAGAAUACAGCGUGACGGAAACGAGCGCGGAAUUUCAAAUAGAGCUAUGAUCAAGGCGGCAGGGAUCGAUGAUCGGAUCAUUGAAAGGCUGAACCCACAUCUCAAACCUUUUCGUCAUCUUUAUCUCCCCAUUUAA